UUAUUACUGUUUGUGCUACGCGAAUCGUGAUACGUCUGCACGGUAUUACGUAUCGCGCCUAACACACUUCGAAGGCCGUGCUGACGUUUCGAAUGACGUUGUUGGUUUUCAACCAGCAACAUUUGCGCAGAUGCAAGCCCAUGGCUGUCUGCAAGAGGAAUCUGCCGUCGAUCGUGCUGCGAGCUCUGGUUCUCACGAUAGCGAGUGAGUGGUGGGAAAGGGCGUGGAGUGCCCCCGUGGCUCCUCUGGAUCCCGCGCUAAUGGCCAGCAGCGCCGCCAUGAACCGUAUCGUCAUCUUUCCCCGAAAGGUCGACAAUGUUUUGACGUGCGACAAGAAUCUGCUGCGGGAGAUUGAACAGUAUUGUGUGGUUCACUUCGAUAUUGAUAUGAGCAUGUACCGUAACAAGGAGUACGAGAGCCUCGUCAAUCGCUUCCAACAGCGAAACGCCUUCAAUGAUCGCCAGAAACGAUCCAGCAACGGCACCGCCGCCAGUCCAUUUGCACGAAGCAUUGCGCAACCGCAAGCUCGACAGAAGCAACGAAUAUUGGUGAAAUGUUGCCAAGUUGGAUGCACUCAUCUCGAGAUGAGCAAAAUUUGCCAUUAAUCCAAAAGUCCCAGCUGACGUAAAAUUUGAAACCGAUGCCUUUACUCGAUUAUCCAUUAUGUCCAUUCAGUUGCUAACUUGUGUUGACUGAAAAUUUAAGUAUUAUUGUUGCGGCAAUGUUGUCUUUGUUUCUCUUCUUACGCUUGCAGUGUAUAUGCAUUCACUACAUUAAUUUAAUAAAAUCUGAUUA